CAGCGACUGGGGCGUCCCCGCCGCGCUCCCGCAGCACCGGCACCCCAGAAAAAACUGCUUAGACAAUCUAAUGGAUGAAGAUGAGAAAGACAGGGCAAAGAGGGCUUCACGUAACAAGUCUGAGAAGAAGAGGCGUGAUCAGUUCAAUGUUCUCAUCAAAGAGCUCAGCUCCAUGCUUCCAGGCAACACUCGCAAAAUGGACAAAACUACUGUGCUGGAAAAAGUCAUUGGCUUUCUGCAGAAACACAAUGAAGUCUCGGCACAGACGGAGAUUUCUGAAAUUCAGCAAGACUGGAAGCCUUCAUUUCUCAGCAACGAAGAAUUCACCCAGCUGAUGUUGGAGGCAUUAGACGGCUUCAUUAUAGCAGUAACCACAGGUGGAAGCAUCAUCUAUGUGUCUGACAGCAUCACACCUCUUCUAGGGCAUUUACCGUGUGAUGUCUUGGAUCAGAAUUUGUUAAAUUUCCUCCCAGAACAAGAACAUUCAGAAAUUUAUAAGAUGUUAUCUUCUUGUAUGCUUAUGACAGAUUCUGCCUCAUCGGAUUACCUAAAAACUGACAAUGAACUAGAGUUUUAUUGUCAUCUUCUGAGAGGAAGUUUGAACCCAAAGGAAUUUCCAACUUACGAAUACAUAAAAUUUGUAGGAAAUUUUCGGUCUUACAGCAAUGUGCCUAACUCCACUUGCAAUGGCUUUGAUGAGGCUAUCCCAAGGGCUUACAGAACGUCCCCGGGAAAGCAGGUCUGCUUCGUUGCGACUGUUCGUUUGGCAACGCCUCAGUUUUUAAAGGAGAUGUGCAUCGUGGAAGAACCUCUAGAGGAAUUCACAUCAAGACACAGUCUGGAAUGGAAAUUUUUAUUCCUCGAUCACAGAGCACCGCCGAUUAUAGGAUACUUGCCUUUUGAAGUGCUGGGUACUUCUGGCUAUGACUAUUACCAUAUAGAUGACCUAGAGCUGCUAGCAAGGUGCCAUGAACACUUGAUGCAGUUUGGCAAGGGGAAGUCGUGCUGCUAUCGGUUUCUGACCAAAGGACAGCAGUGGAUCUGGCUCCAGACCCAUUACUAUAUCACCUACCACCAGUGGAACUCCAAGCCAGAGUUCAUUGUGUGCACACACAUGGUGGUAAGUUAUGCAGAUGUUCGGGUGGAGAGGAGACAGGAGAUGGGCUUGGAAGAAGUGUCCUCAGAAGUUGUGUCUUCAGCACUGAAGGACAGUGGCACCAGCUUGGAUCCUGAACAGCACUUUAAUGCACUUGAUAUUGGUGCCUCAAUCCUCAGCGCUAGUCGGACACCAUCAGCAUCAUCCAGGAGCUCACCAAAAUCUUCCCACACACCCAAGUCGGACCCAGCAUCUACACCAACAAAGCUGAUUGCAGAGUCUAACACUCCCUUGCCAAGAACACCGAGUGCGCAGCAAGAUUUAUCUGUGCAUAGGCUCAGUCAACCUACUGCUCUUCAGGUUUCUUUGCCUUCUCAGCCUUCAUGUGAGCUUCUCCCACAGCAGUUGCUGCCUCAAGCAACUCUGCAAAAUCAGCCUGCAUCUCUGGCACAGUUCUCAGCCCAGUUCAGCAUGUUCCAGACCAUCAAGGACCAGCUAGAGCAGCGGACCCGGAUCCUGCAGGCCAACAUACGGUGGCAGCAGGAGGAGCUCCAGAAGAUACAGGAGCAGCUCUGCCUGGUCCAGGACUCCAGUGUACAGAUGUUCCUACAGCAGCCGACAGCAUCCCUGAGCUUUAGCAAUACUCAGCAGCCGGAGCCACAACAGCUACAGCAGAGAUCAGGGGCCAUUUCUCAGCAGCAGCUUGUCUCCAGUCCUCAACUUCAAGGGCAAAUUGCAUCUUCGCAAACAGCGAACCAGCAAGCACUGAGAGAAGCAAGCGUGGUAUCGAGCCAGGGCCCGAAGGCGGCGAGGAGCGCGGAGCCGGCGCCGGGCGGCGGACGGCCCCCCCGCGGCGCGCCCCCGCCGUUCGCCGCAGCCCCCGCCGGCGGCGGCACCGCGGCGCCCCCUGCUGCCCUGCCGCGGGGCGGCACCCCCGGCCCGCCCGCCCCCGGCUGCAGCCACGACCAGCAGCUCAGACUGCUGCUCAGCCAGCCUAUUCAGCCCAUGAUGCCUGGGUCCUGUAAUGCAAGACACCCUUCAGACCUCAGCAUGGCGGGAUCCCAGGCCAAGUAUUCUCAAACCCAACAAAUGUUUCAAAGUUUGGAAGUGCAGACUUCCAGCAGCGGCUCUCCAAUCGUACUGAUGGGACAAGCAGUGUUAAACCAAGGGUUCGCCACUACACCUCCUUCCCAGCCAUCCUCUCUGCCACCUAUGCAACUCCAGCACCAACAGCAUCAGCAACAACGCUACCUGCAGGUGCAAACACCAAGUUCUUUGCACAAUGAGCAACCCGAUUCUUUGCUCCUGCCAUCUUACUCGCCACAGCAAGGAAAUAUGGGGUAUCAUCAGACACAGCAGCAGCAGCAGCAGCAGCAGCAGCAACUAACAUCAAGAAGAAGCAAUAGCUUAUCAGAAUCAUCAAAUUUACCACAGCCACUGCGAUAAGAGUCCCACCAGCACAAUCAAUGCACGAUUAGCUUUAACCAAUGGGCACAUGGGGCAGAAGAGAAUGACUUUGUACUUGCUGUUUUGGCUUUUGCACAAGCAUUUCUUUCAAAGCUCUAUGACAGAAGUACGCCACAGAGUGCAGACUGCCACAGACAGUGCAUUUACGGCAUGCUGGAUUCAGUUUGCGCUGUCUCGUGAGCACAGUAUGUACUGACAGAGCAAAAUAGAAAGGAACACUAUCCUGUGCAGCCUCCAUCAUCAAUGGGUGCACAGGAGACGGCAUUCAAUCUUGGCCUGUCACUCUGAAAGCUAUCUGGCAAUUCCAAAAGACUGUUGACAGACUCAUGAGGUACUUGGCCUUCACUGUUUCAGUUCCUCUUUUGUGUAUGAAAAGCACUGCGUCAAAGGUCUAUUGAGGAGAGAACAAGAGAUUAUUUUUAUUAUGAUUAUUGUUAUUAUUUUGCACAACUGCACAGAGGACAAAACCUAGGCACUUUCUGUAAAGAGAAGUUUGUUUCCUUAUUCUUGUGGCCAAAUUAGCACAUCCAAUGGAGGAGAAACCCCAGUCAUUGGUGAAGAUGGUCUACAACUCAUAACCCUUGAUUUAGAAUCUGAAAAGUAUUAUGCAGCUUACCCUAACUGUUCUUCAUUACUAAAAAACAAAGAAAAAAACCCCACAACCCACACUGGACUGUUUUCUAUAUGAAUUGUGAUUGCAAAGGAGAACUCAAAUUCUAAGCACAAUCAUGCAACUCUCCAAUAGUACAACAUGGAUCCUUCUUCAACCUAAGUAACUCACCCACUGCAAGUCUCUCAGAAAUAUGCACUGUGUUUUGGCCCACUGACUCGGUAUGCUGCAGACUAUUACAUAUCUCUUUCAUUAUAACAUCUAGGAUUGAAUUUUCCUUUGGGGGGAAAAAAAAAGAAAUGCACUUUUCGCUUUUUUUUGUAUGUUUUCUGUUGAUAUGUUUCUAAGAAAGAGUUUAUGUAAUUAUUAAAUAAAAAGUAGUGUA